AUGAAGUCCCCGAAAUUGAAGUCGGCUGCCAACAGCACCAACCCCCGCCAGGUGCGCUUCCAGAACGACAGCAGUGGCCACGGCGCUUCCUUUCCAAUCACCCUGGAAACCGAGACCUCGGCCGCUCCUGCCUUCAGCGGACCCGAAGGGGACCAUAGCGAAGACGUUGGUGUUUUUAUCCACACUUCCACCAACCCCUCCGCCUCGGUCAAUCUUGGCCACCACUUCCCUGCUGCUCUUCCUCACUUCGGCCAGACGCCUCACCAGCACAUUAGUCCAUUUAUCCCUCACAACUCAACCCACCACGUCAACGAGCUAAGCAACUUUGCACCUUUCGGAAAAUACAACCCUUACGGCCUCCAAGCUCCUCAUUACGCCAACAUGGCCGACUACCAAAACGCCGCUCCCCCGGCUGGUGGGCUUCACUUUCAGCCGCCUGUCCCAGACACCACCCACGGUGUCAUACAGCACGUCUACGUGCCUCGCUUCGACAACGGUAUCCCGUCCGGCACUGUCUAUCAACAACAGCCUGCCAACAACAUCACCUAUAUUGGUCAGGUUCCUCAGAACCCUCAGUUCGUCAUGGCCCAGCAGCCUGUCAUACAGCCUGGUAUGGCUAUGCCUGGUCAACCCAUCAUGCUCCAAGCCCCUCCGGUUGCCGUGAACCCUCCCAUGUUUCAGAGUGCUCCUUCCAUGGGCUUGCAGAUGCCGGGUGGUGGUGGUAUUCCGGUCUUUGCAGGUAAUGCUCAUCUUCCUCCCGAUGUCACCGGAUUCGGCAGAACCGCUGGCGAGAUUGCCCUGGAGCAAGCUCAGUUCGCCCAUGCGAACGGUCUCUUUGAGCCCCAGGACUUCAAGCCUGCUGAUGACGACCCGUCCCGCUACUAUCCCGUUCGAGAAGUUGACGGUAACUGGACCCAGCGCAAUCGUUUCACUAUUGACAACCUUGGCGACUGCCGCUGGUACAUUACCAACGAGGGCUACUUCUACGCUGUCCCUAUCAAGCCUAGCAGAUGCCAGGGCAUGACUAUUUCCGACGAUGAUGCGAUACAGGCUUACUUUGUCUUGCGAGUCCACGCUUCCCCAUCGAAGCCCGUGCGGAAACACUUUAUCUUCACCACCCAGUUCACCAAGGAGACAGGCACCACGAAAGUAUCUCCAUAA